GCUGCCGCCAGCGCCCAGGACGCGUGAGCUGCACGGCGAGACCCUGCGAGGAGGCUGGCACUGUCGCUGCGGGCUCUGCGGGGCUGGUGCAGGGUCACCACAGGAUGGCUGUUCCACGGGGUCAAGGCUGGGUCUCCUCCCUUCUCUCGCUUUCCUGAUGCCUGGUCUCACAGGGAUGGUCGUGAGCCCUACACGAUGGCAUCAUCGACCUCCCUCCCAGCUCCUCGCUCCCGGCCCAAGAAGCCUCUGGGCAAGAUGGCUGACUGGUUCAGGCAGGCCCUGCAGAAGAAGCCUGCGAAGAUGCCUGGCUCCCCAGAGAGCGCCCCCAGCGACAGCCCGCGAACCCCUUCGCAGGCAGGGCCCGCGCCCUCGGGCCUCAGUGCCAGCACCUCGCCCGCCCCGCCAGCGGCACACGAGGGCGCCUGCAGUGGCAGCGGCACUGGCACUGGCCGCUGGAGCCGGGACUACGAUGUGUGCGUGUGCCACAGCGAGGAGGACCUGGCGGCCGCCCAGGAGCUGGUCUCCUACCUGGAGGGCAGCGCCGCCAGCCUGCGCUGCUUCCUGCAGCUGCGCGACGCAGCCCCGGGCGGUGCCAUCGUGUCUGAACUGUGCCAGGCGCUGAGCAGCAGUCACUGCCGCGUGCUGCUCAUCACCCCGGGCUUCCUGCGCGACCCCUGGUGCAGGUACCAGAUGCUGCAGGCCCUGUCCGAGGCCCCAGGUGCCGAGGGCCGCACCAUCCCUCUGCUGUCCGGCCUGUCUAGAGCCGCCUACCCGCCCGAGCUCCGGUUCAUGUACUACGUGGACGGCAGGGGCCCCGACGGAGGCUUUCGCCAAGUCAGGGAAGCCGUCCUGCACUAUCUACGGACCCUUGGUUGACACUUCUCAUGGCAUCGUGGGACCCGGUUGGAGUAAAACUGGACAUAGAGGCCCAUGCAGGUCCUUGGCUCCAGCAGAUAUGACGAGGCAUCAGGAGCCAGAGUCUGCAGCACCUUGUCCAUGACUUUGGGAGGUCCAUCAGGCUUGCCUUACUGUGGCCUCCCAGGAAGGUCAAGGGGAAGUCAAGGACUCCCCCAGGAAGGCCAUGAGGAAGAUGGGGCUUCCCCCCAGGAAGGCCAUGGGGAGGCUGGGGACUCCCCCGAGAAGGCCACGAAGAAGCCAGAAGUUGGAGGUGGUGGUGGGUGGUACGAGGUGGUACUGUUGCUGUGGGGCUUUGCAGUAUUUUGCCUCCUGGCUAACCAGACAGGAAACUGGGCGUGCACCUGUUUUCUUCCCCUGCAAGCAGACACUGGUGCAAACAGGCUGCAGGCCUUCAAGAGGAUGGCCUCCUAGUAGCCUGGGGCAGCCCAGAACGUGAGCCAGGGGAGAGCAGAGGCCAGGGAUGAAGCCCCUCCCACCCACACUACUGCUGCUCUCGUCCUGAGGCCCAGGCCCAGCCCCAGAGCCCUACAUGCUGUACUGCAUCUCACUCACUGCACUCAAGUCACUAAAUACAAACCUGGAAGCUAUUCUGAAUACACAGGAGAGGGGAGGGUGAAGAGAAGGAAGUCAGGACUCUGCCCCUUCACUGGGGAUCCAAAGUGCCCCCUUCAGCACCCCAUCUCCUCCAUCCUGUGACCCCUGGUGCUUUCUCAGUAGCUGCCUUCACCUUUGGACUGAGGUCUCCUCGGGCAGCACCGUGUUCCUCGCAGGAACAUUCAUUCAGCUGUUCUCAGUAAGUUUGUUUUUGAACUGAAAAGGAGUUUAUUUCCCGCAGUGGGGACUUUUGUGCCUCAUCUCUCACCUCCCACAUCGUGUGCCCUCUUUGAACACCUUUUACUUUUACAAUUACAUGUGAUGUUACUAAUUGGAGAAGGACUAAGGAAUGAUACCCACUCAUGGGGCCCCCAGCCAGCUUAGGAAGCAAGACCUCACCCUUCCUACUGCUCUCCGUGCCCUGGAUGACACGCCCUCACUUCCCACAUUGGGAAUAACCACUCUUCCAGAUUAUUCUUGGUCUUUCUCUGUAACGUCCCUCCAUCCCUCCCAGCACCUGGUGUCGGUGUACAGGCUUCGCGCUGACGUAAAUGGCAUCAAGUCUGUAUUCUGUGGAGUCCUGACCCCAUUUGCCCUGUGUUGGUGGGGCUUGCCAGUGCUGAUGGGUGCUGCUCCCACUCUGCCCUUUUAUAAAUAAACACAGCACCGUUGACUCACACAUUUUUCUACAAAAGGAUACUCAGUUGUUUCCAGUGUUCUGCUAUUAAAAACAAUGGGCCUGUGAACGUCUUUGUACCUGUUUCCAUAAGCAAGCUUUUCUAGGUCUUAGGCUAGAUGGGGGAGCAGCUGGGUGGUAAAGGAUAUGCAUCUUCUAUUCCACCAGGUGAUGAGGUUCCUUCCAAAUUGCUUGUGCCAAUGUAUGUCCUUGCUCUUGAUGGAUAAGAUUUCCCAACCUGUCGUGUUCUGGCCAGUAAUGAUGAGCUCUCAGGUUUUCAAAUGUUUACAACUUUGGUGGGUAGAAACUGGUAUCCUAUCAUCACAUCCUUCUCCUUUUAACCGUUUUUAUGAAAAACUGCAUACACACAUGCACAGGAGAGUACAUAUUAUAUAUUAAAAGGAAAAGGGUUGACAGAUCCCCAUAUACCUAUCACUCUGCUUCAAAAAUUACCAACUCAUAGCUCAUUUCAUAUCAAUAAUAACACACCCGUUUUCUCACUCCCAGAUCAUUCUGAAGCAAAUCUCAGGCAUUUUCUAGUCCUAUAUAUUUAGGUAUAUAUCUCAAAUUAUUAGAAAAUUUUUAAAAAGGAAUGAUAAUCUAACAGUCUCUUUUAAAGAACAAGUUUCGUUUUUUUCUCAAUAUAAAAUAGUUUACCUAUUACUCUGUGGUCUGUGUUUUUUGUACCUGACAUCCUUCCCUGCUCGUGGAGUUUCUUCUAAAGCAUUUCUUUUUCAUAUUUAGGUCUUCCAUCCACCUGGAUUUUGUUGCUUAGGUUUUUGUUCUUGUUUUUUCCCUCUGUUUGAUUAAGACUCCUUUCCUGACAAGUACAUC